AUGCCUAGGGAUAAACGCAACUCCAAGAUUUUGAAAUGCCUAAUAUGGACUCUUUACGAUCAGGCGUUGAAUCAUCUAAAGAAAGAUUACCGAUCACCGCAUUCGAUUUCAGCAGCUCAAGAGGAGAAUAAGGCAACAGCCAGGAAAUCUGAAAGCAUGUCUCUGAAAUUCGCAAUGCAAUGUCUGGCAGUGAUAUUACUGAACAUAUUUUUGUACAAUACUGUUCGAUACUCCUCGGCGGGAAGCACGAACUACGGUAAUUGCUCCCAUGAGAACGCUACUUUGAAUUCCUCGAAACAUGAGAUUGAUCUAAUCAAUUUUUCAUCAGAAUUGAAGUCCGGACGCAGGAAUCAUGGGAACGAUCACCCAUCAGCAUGGUUGCUUGAAGCAGCAGGUGCUUACACUAAAAAGGCAUCAGUGUCAUUCAGCGAUAUCGCCGAUAUCUGCGCCGAUUACUCUGGGGAUGAAUCCCCUUCCCAUUGUGCAACAAGCACUAUUGCGUCUGUACUACUUCUCGGCAGGUCUAUACUUUCCCUUCGAUCAGAGCUUAUCAAUUUUACCACUCCGCGCCUUUCGAAUAGACGACCACUGAAUCCCAACAUCGAUCCACCAGCUCUACUAGACACGAUGUACCCUAAUCCUUCAGAAUUUCUGAAAGCUGUACCAUACUAUUUUACCAAUACUAUCGGCUUUCCUGUGGAUCACGUAGGGUAUUAUUGUCCCCUCUCAUCCCCAUGCACCAACCCAGUAUUCAGCAUCUCAACCCAUCAAGAUGUUCCCUUGCUCUUCACAUUCCUCCCUUCUAUCCUCGGUACCCACACAGAAGCUCUCAAGUUUGGUUUCGGAAAUGCGACAGGCUACCACUUUUCUACCAACAAUUUCGCAAAUGGUGGCUUUGAUAUACUGUUUGAAAAAGCAGAGCUUCCUAUGCUUGAUCCUAUAAACGAUUACUAUCAAAUGAAACAAGAAGUACAUUGCCUUCUCAGUGAUGGACUGAAACUACCUGGUCUCUUUUUCAAUAUUCACACUCAUGGCUCUAGGGAGAAAGGCCUCCGUGGGGCAAUAAGCCCAUGGACCCUUAAGGAGAGAAGCGAGAUAGAGCGAAUGGAGUCGAUCAUGACUUUGGAAGAGAACAUGACUACUUGUGCGGCGGCCAUAGCAAUACGGCAUUCCAAGAGAGUAGAACUAUGGCUUCUGGGGGGUUUAAUUCUGGGAAUGGCUGGCUCAGGAGUAAUUGUGUCGAUAUUUUCUCGGUGGCUCGAGAACAGGCAAGGAAGGAUUCGUUUAUAA